AUGCUGCAGAUGGUGCGGACUCUGGCGCAAUUCACCAUCGCGCUGGAGGACAUGAGGGACAUCGGGGAUGGCAUCGACGCGGCCCUGGCCACCUCCGGGCUGGGGGGCACAGCCGAAGAACCCGCGGAGAAGGGCGGAGGCGGCCGCGGAGGCACCGAGGAUAUGAGGAAACAUGUGAUCAUGACCCUGCUGGACACGGAGCAAUCCUACGUGGAGUCCCUGCGCACCUUGAUGCAGGGUUAUAUGAAGCCACUGAAGCAACCGGAGAACUCUCUGCUCUGUGACCCGUCGCUGGUGGAUGAGAUCUUCGACCAGAUUCCCGAGCUGCUGGAGCACCAUGAGCAGUUCCUGGAGCAGAUCCACGACUGUGUGCAGAACUGGCACGAGAAGCAGAAAGUGGGAGACCUCCUGGUGCAGUCGUUCUCCAAGGAUGUGCUGGUGAACAUCUACUCAGCCUACAUUGACAACUUCCUCAACGCCAAGGACGCCGUCAGGAUCGCCAAGGAAGCCCGACCAGCGUUCAUGAAGUUCCUGGAGCAAAGCAUGCGGGAGAACAAGGAGAAGCAGGCUCUGUCUGACCUGAUGAUCAAACCAGUGCAGAGGAUCCCACGAUACGAGCUCCUGGUGAAGGACCUGCUGAAGCACACACCAGAGGACCACCCCGACCACCCCUUCCUCAUCGACGCCCAACGCAACAUCAAGCAAGUGGCUGAGAGGAUCAACAAAGGGAUGAAGAGUGCAGAGGAGGUGGAGAGGAACGCCCGGAUCGUGCAGGAGAUUGAGUCCCACAUUGAAGGGAUGGAGGAUCUCCAGGCCCCACUCCGCAGGUUCCUGCGCCAGGAGAUGGUGGUGGAAGUGAAGGCUGUGGGGGGGAAGAAGGACCGUUCCUUCUUCCUCUUCACGGACCUCCUGGUGUGCACCACGCUGAAGCGCAAGUCGGGCUCCCUCCGCCGCAGCUCCAUGAGCCUGUACACGGCAGCCAGCGUCAUCGACACAGCCAGCAAGUACAAACUGCUCUGGAAGUUGCCACUGGAAGACGUGGAGAUUGUCAAAGGUGCCUCACAAGCCACCAACAGGGAGAGCAUCCAGAAGAGCAUCUGUCGUUUGGAUGAAGACCUCAACACAUUGGGGCAAGUCAGCAAGCUGUCAGAGAGCCUCAGUUUCCCCCACCAGAGCCUGGAUGAUGUGAUCAAGGACCUGAUGGCUGCCAUCCACCGGGAUCUGGCAGAGAAGCAAUCCCUGUCCUUCAGCAUGGGCUUCCCCCCCAACAAAAUGGAGCUCAGCACCACCAAAGCUGAUGGCACCGAGUCCUUCAUCUUUGAGUUCCCCAACCCUGAUGCCCGACUGGGCUUUGAGCAAGCUUUUGAGGAUGCCAAGAAGAAGCUGGCUUCCAGCAAAAACUGCCUGGACCCGGAGUUCCUCAAAGCCAUCCCCAUCAUGAAGACACGGAGCGGGAUGCAGUUUUCUUGUGCUUCUCCAAGCCAUGGCAGCCCAGAAAGUUCUCAUGAAGUUUGGGUUUGCAACAGUGAUGGGUACGUGGGGCAGGUUUGUUUGCUCAGCAUCAGGAAGGAGCCCACAGUGGAAGCUUGCAUCGCCGUCUGCUCCGCCCGGAUCCUCUGCAUCGCUUCCGUGCCCGGCCUCAAACGGACCUAUAGGGAACGUGCCGAGGCGGUGGGAAGUCCCUCCUCGGAGCCGACGGCAGCGGAGGACGCGGGGCCGCAGCCCUGCCUGCACAUCUCCAUCUCGGGAUCCUCCCUGGAGCUCUCGGAACCAGUGGAUGGAGGAAACAGGGAGCUGGUGCCCUUUGAUAGUGAUGACACGGAUGAUGAGUCCUCGCCCAGUCCCUCGGGGACGCUGCAGAGCCAAGCCAGCCACUCCACCAUCUCCUCCAGCUUCGGCAAUGAAGAGAUCCAGAGCUGCAAGGAGGCAACGGUGGAGACGACGAGCUCGGAGGAAGAGCAAGAACCUGGCUUCAUGCCCAUCACUGGCACCUACAGCCAAAACAGGCACGGAGAGAGCCCCACAGAUGGCAGAGCCCUGCGCCGCUCCAGCCGCGGCUCCUUCACCCGGGGCAGCCUCGAAGACCUUCUCAGCCUGGACCCUGAAGCCCAUCAGAGCUCCAUGUGGUUGGGCACUGAGGAUGGCUGGUAUGUCCCCUGA